UCAUAUUUUUUCUACCAUCGAAUUCACUCGAAAAUUAAUUUUCAUUGUAUGUUAAUCGGGGUCCGGGUCAACGCCAACUUCGACUCGACUAAAUCAGUUGUAAACAAGCACUCGAAAUGGCCGAACUUCCAACAAUCACCGAAUUUUUCCGCGGAAAAAAUAUUUUCAUAACGGGCGGAAGCGGAUUCGUCGGGAAAGUUCUAGUGGAAAAGCUGUUACGAUCAUGCCCCGACUUGGCAAACAUUUACUUACUCAUGAGGGAGAAAAAAGGAAAAAGUUUGGAGGAAAGAAUCAAACUUAUGACAGACCUACCGCUUUUUGACACAAUCAAAUCGAGAAAACCGAAAAUUUUGGACAAGAUCAAAGUCAUCAAUGGUGACGUUACUCGGCUCGGCCUCGGCCUUUCUCCCGCCGAUCGUCAACUCCUCAUCCACAACAUCAAUGUUAUUUUCCACGGAGCCGCCUCUGUGCGUUUCGACGAUGCCCUAACCGAUGCUGUUUUGUUAAAUACGAGGGGGACCCGCGAAGUUGUCAAUUUGGCGUUGGCCAUGAAAAAUUUGGACUCUUUCGUACACAUCUCGACCACCUAUUGUAACACAGACCGCAAGGUGAUUGGCGAACAGUUAUACCCGGCCCAUGCUGAUUGGAGGAAAACUAUUGAGAUUGCAGAAACUGUUGACAAACAUGCCUUGAAUAUUCUGACUGAAAAAUAUGUACAUCCAUUACCAAACACUUACACUUUUACCAAAUCAUUGGCCGAGCAUGUGGUUUACGAUUUGUGCAAGGGGAAAAUACCGGCGGUGAUUUUUCGACCAUCGAUUGUUAUUUCCACCGCUUUCGAGCCAUUCCCGGGCUGGAUUGACAACUUUAACGGCCCUGUGGGGCUCCUGGUGGCCUCCGGCAAAGGCAUCAUCCACAGCGUGUUCAGUGACCCCGACGUAAUCGCCGAUUACGUCCCUGUGGACAUCCUAGCCAAGGCCAUGAUUAUAGCGGCUUGGAAACAAGCCGUCAAAGUCACGGGUCCCGACCGUCUGAAUCCUGUCUUCUACAACGGCAGCAACAACGAUGUGCAACCCAUCACCAUGGGAGCCAUGGUCGAAAUGGGAAAAGACAUAUGCAAGGAGGUGCCCUUCAACGACGUCUUAUGGUACCCCUCCGGGUCGGUUAAUAAGUGCUACUACGCCUACUUGCUCAAAGUUUACUUCUACCAUCUACUUCCCGCGUUACUACUCGAUGGGUUGCUCAAAAUCAUGGGCAAAAAGCCUAUGUUGGUGAAAAUCCAGAGACGGAUUUUUGUUGCGAAUAUGGCCCUUGAGUACUUCUCGAGGAACCAAUGGGAGUUUCUCAAUGACAAGGCGGUGGAAUUGCAGAAAGACUUGCUUGAGGAGGAUUAUGGGAGUUUCCAAUAUGGAGAGGACGACGUUGAGCCCUACGAUUACUUCGUCAAGGCCACGAUGGGAGGGAGGAGGUAUCUGUUGAAAGAGGACGAUGAUAGUUUGGAACAGGCCAAAAAACACUCAAGAAGGAUGUGGAUCCUGUCAAGAUUAUUCACUGUUGUUUGGUACUUAGCCUUGGUUUGGUUAAUUUUCGUCAAGAUUGACAUUAUUUCGGUCAUUUUUAACAAGUAUAGAGAGUUUUGUGUGUACUUAACUGAGUAGUGGUGAAAAUAAAGCAUAUUUCAUUUCCAACAAUUUA